AUGACUUCCUCUCUUCAGUGCAAGCUGGAUCUCUACAACAAGGCUAGGAACGGAGUUGUAUCUCUGAGAAAAAUGGUGACAAGCAGCACCCUGAUAUUUGUUUUAUCUGAAUCCCUGGUUGUGGAGGUCAGCUGUAAUAACCAGGUGAGGCGCAGAUGUGCUUUCCUGGCGUCUGUCAUGGAAGUGGAUCAAAAAAGUGCCUCUGAAAUAUUUAGUGCCAUGUCUUUCCUCAGCGGAGAGAGAUAUGUUAAUCUGUUUGUGAAAGAUACAGUAAAAAGAGAACCAGAUGGAGACUGGGCUAAAAUAGCUAAAAACAGACUCCAAAGAUGGCCAGCCGUGAUCCCCAAGGCUCUGGAAGUCGGUAACCUCACCUCAACGACACAUUUCAUUCUGCUGGGAUUUCCAACAAGGCCAGCCUUCCAGUUGCUCCUCUUCUCUGUGUUCCUGGCAACCUACCUGCUGACUCUGCUCGAGAACCUUCUCAUCAUCCUGGCCAUCCGCAGCGACGGGCAGCUGCACAAGCCCAUGUACUUCUUCCUGAGCCAUCUCUCCUUCCUGGAGAUGUGGUAUGUCACCGUCAUCAGUCCCAAGAUGCUGGCAGACUUCCUCCGCCAGGACAAGAGCAUCUCCUUCUGCGGCUGCAUGACUCAGCUGUACUUCUUCGUGACAUUCGUCUGCACCGAGUACAUCCUCCUUGCGGUCAUGGCUUUCGACCGCUACGUGGCCAUCUGCAAUCCCCUCCGCUACCCGGUCAUCAUGACCAACCAGCUCUGCGGGGCGCUGGCGGGGGGAUGCUGGCUCUGCGGGCUGCUGACCGCCAUGGUUAAGAUGGUUUUCAUCGCCCGACUCCUCUACUGCGGCACCCCUCGCAUCAACCACUACUUCUGUGAUAUCUCUCCACUCCUCAAUGUCUCCUGCCAGGACUCUUCCCAGGCGGAGCUGGUGGACUUCUUCCUGGCCCUCCUGGUCAUUGCUGUGCCCCUCUGUGUGGUGGUGACAUCUUACAUCACCAUUCUCGCCACCAUCCUCAAGAUCCCUUCUGCCCAGGGCCGCCAAAAGGCCUUCUCCACCUGCGCCUCUCACCUGGCCGUGGUGGCCCUCUUCUAUUCCACGACUCUCUUCACCUACGCCCGCCCCAAGCUCAUGUACGCCUACAGCUCUAACAAAGUGGUGUCUCUUCUCUACACGGUCCUCGUUCCGCUGUUAAACCCCAUCAUUUACUGUCUGAGGAACCGGGAAGUAAAGGCGGCCCUCCAAAAGACAGUGCUUUGCGGAGGAAGAGGGGCCAGGGAAGAGAGCAUGUGA